CUGCAGCUGCCCGCCCAACUCAGUGUCGCCGCGCUGCCUACCUGAGUCGGAGCGCUGCGGCGCGGGGGUGCGGUCGCGCAAUAGGAAGAGGAGCGCUUUGCAAGCUUCCCGUGGGACACCCGUUAAGCCGGCCCGUCACCAAGUCUGGUGCAGUCCCAGCCGACCUCUCCGGUUUCCAUUUUUGGUGCUCGAAGUCCCCCGCUCCUAGCAGCCAUGCCUCUCAGCCGCAGUCUGUCCAUGUCCUCGCUUCCAGGACUGGAAGACUGGGAGGAUGAGUUCGACCCGGAGAACACAGUGCUUUUCGAGGUGGCCUGGGAGGUGGCCAACAAGGUGGGCGGCAUCUACACUGUGCUGCAGACCAAGGCGAAGGUGACGGGGGACGAGUGGGGUGACAACUACUAUCUGGUGGGACCCUACACGGAGCAGGGCGUGCGGACCCAGGUGGAGCUCCUGGAGCCCCCAACGCCUGAACUGAAGAGGACUCUGGACUCCAUGAACAGCAAGGGCUGCAAGGUGUAUUUUGGGCGUUGGUUGAUCGAGGGGGGACCCCUAGUGGUGCUCCUGGAUGUGGGGGCCUCAGCCUGGGCCCUGGAGCGUUGGAAGGGUGAGCUGUGGGACACCUGCAAUAUCGGGGUUCCCUGGUACGACCGUGAAGCCAACGAUGCCGUCCUGUUUGGGUUCCUCACCACCUGGUUCCUGGGUGAGUUCCUGGCCCAGAACGAAGAGAAGCCCUAUGUUGUCGCGCACUUCCAUGAGUGGUUGGCAGGCAUUGGUCUGUGUCUGUGCCGCGCCCGGCGUUUGCCGGUGGCCACCAUCUUCACCACUCAUGCCACACUGCUGGGGCGCUACCUGUGUGCCGGAGCCGUGGACUUCUACAACAACCUGGAGAACUUCAAUGUGGACAAGGAGGCCGGCGAGAGGCAGAUCUACCACCGAUACUGCAUGGAGCGCGCAGCUGCCCACUGUGCGCAUGUCUUCACCACUGUGUCCCAGAUCACCGCCAUUGAGGCUCAGCACCUCCUCAAGAGGAAGCCAGACAUUGUAACCCCCAACGGGUUGAAUGUGAAGAAGUUCUCUGCUAUGCACGAGUUCCAGAACCUUCACGCUCAGAGCAAAGCACGGAUCCAGGAGUUUGUGCGAGGCCAUUUUUAUGGGCACCUGGACUUCAACUUAGACAAGACUUUGUAUUUCUUUAUUGCUGGCCGCUACGAGUUCUCCAACAAGGGAGCUGAUGUAUUCCUAGAAGCCUUGGCCCGGCUGAACUAUCUGCUCAGAGUGAAUGGCAGUGAGAAGACCGUCGUUGCCUUCUUCAUCAUGCCGGCGCGGACCAACAACUUCAACGUGGAAACCCUGAAGGGCCAAGCCGUGCGCAAACAGCUGUGGGACACAGCCAAUACAGUUAAGGAGAAGUUUGGGAGGAAGCUUUACGAAUCCUUACUAGUGGGGAGCCUCCCAGACAUGAACAAGAUGCUGGACAAGGAGGACUUCACUAUGAUGAAGAGAGCCAUCUUUGCCACUCAGCGGCAAUCCUUCCCCCCUGUGUGCACCCACAACAUGCUGGACGACUCCUCGGACCCCAUCCUGACCACCAUUCGACGAAUUGGCCUUUUCAACAGCAGUGCCGACCGCGUGAAGGUGAUUUUUCACCCAGAGUUUCUGUCUUCCACAAGCCCUCUACUCCCGGUGGACUAUGAAGAGUUUGUCCGUGGCUGUCACCUUGGGGUCUUUCCUUCCUACUAUGAGCCCUGGGGCUACACACCCGCGGAGUGCACCGUCAUGGGCAUCCCCAGCAUUUCCACCAACCUCUCCGGCUUUGGCUGCUUUAUGGAGGAACACAUCGCAGAUCCCUCAGCUUACGGCAUUUACAUUCUGGAUCGAAGGUUCCGCAGCCUGGAUGAUUCGUGCUCGCAACUCACCUCCUUCCUCUACAGCUUCUGUCAGCAGAGCCGACGACAGCGCAUCAUCCAGCGGAAUCGCACAGAGCGUCUGUCCGACCUGUUAGAUUGGAAGUACCUAGGCCGGUACUACAUGUCUGCACGCCACAUGGCUCUGGCCAAGGCCUUUCCGGAUCAUUUCACCUAUGAGCCCCAUGAGGUCGACGCGACCCAGGGGUACCGAUACCCACGGCCAGCCUCCGUGCCACCAUCGCCCUCGCUGUCGCGACACUCCAGCCCACACCAGAGUGAGGACGAGGAAGAGCCCCGGGAUGGACCCCUGGGGGACGACAGUGAGCGCUACGAUGAAGAAGAAGAAGCCGCCAAGGACCGCCGCAACAUCCGAGCACCGGAGUGGCCACGCCGCGCCUCCUGUUCCUCCUCCACAGGCGGAAGCAAGAGGAGCAACUCGGUGGACACUGGACCCUCCAGUUCACUCAGCACGCCCACUGAGCCCCUGAGCCCUACCGGUUCCGUGGGCGAGGAGCGCAACUAAGCCUCUCCCUGCCUGUCCCGUGUCCCUCCUGCAGAGGGAGGGUGCCGGAACCCACUCCCGACCUGAGUGGGACUCUUGCCCAACCUGUUUCAGACACUCCAGCCCUCGGGCUCCAGUCCUGGAGUCCCCAACACUCCUCACCGCGGUGCCUUUCUCGGAUUGCAAAACUCAUUCUUUGUGCUCUGGAGUCUCCAGGCUCAGCCUGGGUCCCAGAAGCCAGGAAUCUGCCUGUGUCCCUCGGUGCCAGAGGUUUUAGGACACCUGGCUUAUUGCUUUCCAGGCUGCAGCUUCAUUUGAUCCUACACAAAGUAUGCUCUGUGCCGGCCUGCCCCCAGGACCACCUCAUGUAAAAAGUCUGUGACCUCCCCGCAACUGGGACAGCCAAGUUCAGAGUUAGGACCCCCUCAGGGAUUAACAGUUGAAUAUGGGCCCAGAAAGGGAGCUCAGCUGUCGGAGUACUUACCCAGCAUGCCGACGCCCUGGGAUCUAACUCUAACACCUCAAAACCCUGGUGUAGCUAUGCACAUUUGCAGUUCUAGCACUCAGUAAGUAGGGGUGCAAAGCCCUCCUCGGCUGCUUAGGGAGUUAGUUCAGGACCAGGCUCGGCACCCUGAGAGGCCAUCUCAAAAUCAAACAGAGGUAAAGGCAGCAGUGCUGAUGGUCCUCCAUUUCAACCCACAGCUCGGAUGCCAGGACAGGCUGCCAGCCUAGCCUCCCUGCCUGUGGCAUGCUCAUUUCUUCAAGAGAGCACGCCGAGUUAGCAGCCACCUUUCCGACGUUUUCUGGAGCGGAGCUUAUUCUGCCCCUUGGUCCAGUGUCCCCUCCAGGAAACGCCGAGGACAGAAUGGCUGUCAACCUGCUCAACCCACCCUGACACCACUGGGCUCUGGCUCCCAGUGCCUGAGUCGGGGGUCUGGUCACUGUGCUGCACCCUGGCCCCCUUUCCUGAUCUGGAACAGAGCCCACUGGCUUCUUGAAGCCCCACAUGUACCUCGAGGCCUUUCUGCCUGCAAGCUUCGUCCUGCCCCAGCUUCAGGGGAUGGGCAGGCCCCUCACUUCUGUGUCUGGCCUGAGGCCCUUCUUGGUUUGCAUUUGGAGGGGGAGGGCAGAAGGUGUGUGAUUGGAGUGUGUCCAGAGAAAAAAUAUACCCGUAUUUAAGAGUU